AGCCACUAGCCUGAAGAGUAACAAUAAACAUUAGUGCUCCAGUGGUCCUCACAGUUGCACGCAUGUCGCGCGUCCGCGCCACAGCCUUGCUAUGCGCGUGCGCGCUCGCCGCCAACAUCGUUGCGUCCGUUCCCGCGCCGCCCAGACGAGCUGAUAACAAAGGUUCUGAGAACAUGGCGCAAGAAAAAACGAUAGUCAUCCGAAAAGUACCGAACGCAUAUUUUAUCCCGAUCAGUUUAUGGCCAGUGCCCAAAUAUCCUAUUAGUGGUGUAAAACUUCUGGAAGCGAAUCCAGAUGUCAAGAGACUCUACGAUGACCUUCUCAGCAACUACAACCGUUUGAUUAGACCUGUGACCAAUGUUAGCGACAUACUGACGGUGCGACUUGGUCUAAAGUUGUCGCAGUUGAUGGAGGUUAACCUAAAGAAUCAGGUCAUGACAACCAACUUAUGGGUUGAGCAGAAAUGGUUUGAUUACAAACUGCAGUGGAAUCCUGACGAUUAUGGCGGAGUAGAGAUGCUGUACGUGCCUUCCGAACAUAUCUGGCUGCCUGAUAUCGUUCUUUACAACAACUGGGAUGGAAAUUAUGAAGUGACAUUGAUGACAAAAGCAACGCUGAAGUACACGGGUGAAGUGAACUGGAAACCACCAGCGAUCUACAAGUCCUCUUGUGAAAUCAAUGUAGAGUACUUCCCGUUCGAUGAACAGACUUGCUUCAUGAAGUUUGGAUCUUGGACUUACAAUGGUGCUCAGGUUGACCUAAAACAUAUGGACCAACUACCAGGCAGUAGCUUAGUGCAUGUAGGAAUAGAUCUCAGUGAAUUCUACCUGUCAGUCGAAUGGGAUAUACUUGAGGUACCGGCGACAAGGAACGAGGAAUAUUAUCCGUGCUGCCCUGAACCAUUCUCUGAUAUAACAUUUAAACUGACAAUGAGAAGGAAAACUCUUUUUUACACGGUCAACCUGAUCAUACCGUGUGUUGGGCUAACAUUUUUGACUGUACUUGUGUUUUAUUUACCAUCAGACUCUGGAGAAAAGAUCUCGCUCUGCAUCUCCAUCCUGGUGUCCCUCACUGUGUUCUUCCUUGGUCUGGCCGAGAUCAUCCCGCCAACGUCUCUGGCGAUCCCCUUGCUCGGGAAAUAUCUGCUAUUCACAAUGAUUCUCGUCUCGCUGAGCGUUUGGGUCACUGUAUGCAUUGUAAACGUCCAUUUCAGAUCUCCGUCUACCCACACGAUGUCACCCUGGAUGAAGAAGCUGUUUCUGCAAUUGAUGCCCAAACUCCUCAUGAUGAGGAGGACCAAGUACUCUCUACCAGACUACGAUGACACCUUCGUUUCUAAUGGAUAUACCAAUGAGUUGGAGAUGAGCAGGGACAGUCUGACCGAUGCGUAUGACAGCAAGGGCGAGGAAGGCGAUUAUCGGAAGUCACCCAACCCUGAGGAUGACAUACUUGGAGCGGGCACAUAUCAGAGACCUUCAGUGACGGAGUCUGAAAACAUGCUACCCCGACAUCUGUCGCCCGAAGUGGCGGCUGCACUACAAAGCGUACGGUUCAUCGCCCAGCAUAUCAAAGAUGCAGAUAAAGAUAAUGAGGUGGUCGAAGAUUGGAAGUUCAUGUCCAUGGUGCUGGACCGGUUCUUCCUCUGGCUCUUCACCAUCGCCUGCUUCGUCGGCACCUUCGGCAUCAUCUUCCAGUCCCCAUCACUCUACGACACCAGGCUACCAGUGGACCAGCAGAUAUCUUCCAUACCGAUGAGAAAGAAUAACUUCUUCUAUCCGAAAGACAUUGAGAUUAUUGGUAUUGUUAAUUAGGCAAAAGAAAGAAAACUUUUUUAUUUUAUCACUAUAACACUAGGUACGAUGUUAUUAUCUUUAAACUAAUUGAAUUUAUCUCAAAAUCUUCUGGAUAUCAUGAACCAAUCGAUGGUCGCAACUUCGUCUGCGUGGAUUUAGGUUUUUGAAAAUCCCGUGGAAACUUUACGAUUUUCCGAAAUAAAAAACAGCCUAUGUCACUCUCCAGGUCUUUAAUUAGGUAUAAACAUGCAAAAAAUACUAGAUUUGUUGCUCCGAUGUGACGUGAUUCUUCAAUCACCUUCCUUCCUUCGACAAACAAGCACACUUUCGCAUUUUUAAUAAAAAUAUUGGUAGUUAUAUUAU